AUGUACACAAGCGCCCUUAUCAUUGCUGCACUGUGCUUUGUGGCUACCAGUUAUGCCGGGGAUGAAUCUCAGGCUAUAAUUACAAAAUAUGAAAACGAUAUUAAGCCCGAUGGUAGUUACAACUACGAGUACGGCACCUCGAACAACAUUCAGGCACAGGAAAGUGGCGUCGGAAGCGUAUAUGCUGCAGGCUCCUAUCAGUACACCGCACCAAACGGAGAAAACAUUCAACUAGAGUACACUGCCGAUGUGAACGGCUACCAACCCAAAGGUAACCAUUUGCCAACACCACCACCAAUCCCCGACUAUAUUCUGAAGGCGUUAGCUUACAUUGAAGCGCAUCCGUUCACUAGAAUCCAGUUGAAGAAGUAA